CUGAUUUUUUUAGAACAUAAUGACGCAGGUCCAGUUGAAUUAAAAAUUGGCAAAGUUAUUGGCAAACGUUGGCAAAUUAUUGAAAAACUCGGCGAGGGUGGUUGUGGAUCCGUUUAUAAGGUUCAAGAUAUACACACUAUGGCUAAAGCUGCUCUUAAAGCCGAAUCGAAUUUCAUUGCUGGUGGGAGCGUGUUGAAGCUUGAAGUGCAGGUUCUAAAACGUUUAGAAGGUCGUCGUUACGUUGCACAAUUAUUACGAUCAUCAAAAAAAUCUCUGUAUUCAUAUAUGGUGAUGACGUUGUUUGGACAUUCAUUGUACUAUCUUCUGAAACAUAGUCCUUACUGCAGUACUUCAACUCAAGUUCGAGUCGGAGUUAAUAUUUUGUAUGGCGUUAAACAAUUACAUGAGGUGGGUUUCGUGCAUCGUGAUAUCAAACCAGCGAACUUGGCGGUUGGUCGUCGUGGUAAAGAAAUUCACGUUAUUCAUAUUCUUGAUUUUGGUCUUGCUCGAGAAUUCAUUCUCUGCAAUAAUGCUGGCCUUGUUGAAAUCAGAGCACCACGAAGACGUGCAUUGUUCCGCGGGACCGUUCACUAUUGUUCUUUAAAUACACAUGCGAGGAAAGAGCAGGGACGAGGGGAUGACCUGUGGUCAAUGCUAUACGUGCUUGCUGAAAUGAAGGGUCCUUUACCGUGGGAGCGUGUUCGAGGUGAUGAGCAAAUUGGAAAAAUGAAACGAGAAACAACGGAUCCGGAAUUAUUUCGCAAUAGUCCCGAGGAACUCAUUGAUGAUCUUCACGCUGGGAAGGGAGACACUUCAAUCGCAUGUGCAGAACAGAUCGCUGCCCAUCUAAGAACUCUCGAUUAUUUUAAACGACCUGAUUAUCACUUCAUUUAUCUGAAGUUUAUGGACGUUAUUUCAAAACGAAAAUAUAAAUUUAGCGAUCCUUAUGACUGGGAACAUGGAGAAGUUCGUCAUCACUCCCGAAUCGAUGCCAAGAGUACACCACGAACUAAAUCAAAAACCACUACUCCAACGGGCAGUCGCGAAUCAUCCGAAUUAAAAGCUCCAGCAACUAACGACGAUACACACGGGCAACCGGAUAACACAGCUCCAUUGUCGGAUCGUUCAAGUGAUUCAGAAUGCGAUCUUUUUCAAGAGGCUGAUUUUGAGAAAAACGAACUUGGUUUAUGA